GCGUUGGGGGGUGCGGGCCCAUGAGGCGGUCCAGGCCCCGUGCACCCAGCGCAGCCAGGAAGGGGCGGCGGUGCCGCGGCUCCCACCCGCGCCAUGGCGGGCGUGUUCGACAUCGACCUGGACCAGCCUGAGGACGCGGGUUCGGACGAGGAGCUGGAGGAGGGGGGUCAAUUAAGUGAGAGCAUGGACCAUGGAGGAGUUGGCCAAUAUGACCUUGGCAUGGAACAUUGUGAAAAAUUUGAGAUUUCAGAGACUAGUGUAAACAGAGGUCCAGAAAAGAUCCGCCCAGAGUGCUUUGAGUUACUGCGCGUACUUGGCAAAGGUGGCUAUGGAAAGGUAUUUCAAGUACGAAAAGUAACUGGAGCAAACACUGGGAAAAUAUUUGCCAUGAAAGUUCUUAAAAAGGCAAUGAUUGUAAGGAACGCAAAAGAUACAGCUCAUACAAAAGCAGAGCGGAAUAUACUGGAGGAAGUAAAACAUCCCUUCAUUGUAGACUUAAUUUAUGCCUUUCAGACUGGUGGAAAACUCUACCUCAUCCUUGAGUAUCUCAGUGGAGGAGAACUAUUUAUGCAGUUAGAGAGAGAAGGGAUAUUUAUGGAAGACACAGCCUGCUUUUACUUGGCAGAAAUCUCAAUGGCACUGGGGCACUUGCAUCAAAAAGGAAUCAUCUACCGUGAUCUGAAGCCAGAAAAUAUCAUGCUUAAUCACCAAGGUCAUGUAAAAUUGACUGACUUCGGAUUAUGUAAAGAAUCCAUUCAUGAUGGAACAGUCACACACACGUUCUGUGGAACAAUUGAAUACAUGGCCCCUGAAAUCUUGAUGAGGAGUGGGCAUAAUCGUGCUGUGGACUGGUGGAGUUUGGGGGCACUAAUGUAUGACAUGCUGACUGGAGCACCUCCUUUCACUGGGGAGAAUAGAAAGAAGACAAUUGACAAGAUCCUCAAGUGUAAACUCAACUUGCCUCCCUACCUCACACAAGAAGCCAGAGAUCUGCUUAAAAAGCUGCUAAAAAGAAAUGCUGCUUCACGUCUAGGAGCUGGUCCUGGAGAUGCUGGAGAAGUUCAGGCUCACCCAUUCUUCCGACACAUUAACUGGGAUGAGCUAUUGGCACGAAAGGUGGAACCUCCUUUUAAACCCUUAUUGCAAUCUGAAGAGGAUGUGAGCCAGUUUGAUUCAAAGUUUACACGACAGACACCAGUUGAUAGCCCAGAUGACUCUACUCUCAGUGAAAGUGCCAACCAGGUCUUUCUGGGUUUUACAUACGUGGCUCCAUCUGUACUUGAAAGCGUGAAAGAGAAAUUUUCCUUUGAACCAAAAAUCCGAUCACCUCGCAGAUUCAUAGGUAGCCCCAGGACACCAGUCAGCCCUGUAAAGUUUUCCCCUGGGGAAUUCUGGGGAAGAGGUGCUUCUGCCGGCGCAUCAAAUACUCAGACACCUGUGGAAUAUCCAAUGGAGACAAGCGGAAUAGAACAAAUGGAUGUGACAGUCUGUGGAGAGGCCUCGGCACCACUUCCGAUCCGGCAACCAAACUCUGGGCCAUACAAAAAACAAGCUUUUCCCAUGAUUUCCAAACGACCAGAGCACUUGCGCAUGAAUCUAUGACAACACCAUUUUUUUAAGCCUUUGAAGGUGGAAACCAAGGAACGGACAUAAGCCCCCUUGAUGUUGAAAGACGAGGGCUGGUAUGGUUUACUUUUAAAAAGUGACAGUAUCAAAGAGUCAGUCAUUGCACAGAGCGACUUGGAAAGCAAAGCAAAACGGAUUUUUUUUUUCUGUCAAUCAAUGGUGCAUAAAAAAACUCUAGAAAAUGGUAUUGCAGAACUCUAGGCACAUCAUCUAACUGAUUCGCAGUGACAUCUUCUCACCUUAUCAAGGAUUUUUCAGCUUGAUAGCUUGAAACUGACAGUAUUAAGGGUCAGGAUGUUGCUUCAGAAUCACUGGUCUAGUCAUGAGUGUGUCAAGGAGGGUUAGCCCUUUCACUAGGCAAAAUACGAAAUGCCUACAUGCUUGCAUCUGAGGAAUAAUUAGCAUGCAAGCUUGGUUAAGCUGUUUCCUGCAAUAGGGUGGAAUCAAAGAUGAAAGAUGAAACUAAUUGGUAGUUCACAGUCAAAACAUAAUGAGGGUUUUUUAUAUAUAAAAAUAUAUAUAUUUUUCAAAUAGAUUUUUUGAAUCAGCUCAUUAUGGAAAGUAUCCCAAAAUUAAAAUACAAAAUAAUUGGUUGCUGUGAAAAAAGCUCUAGUUCUGAUUCUUCUCCUUAUGAAACAGCAAAUCAGUAAGCGGAUCACUAGAUGACCAACUUUGCAAUGUGGGGUGGGAGAGAACUGUUUCACUUGCUUACCCAGCUGAAAUACCUGUUCCUGCAAAAAGAAACGGAUCUAAUCAAACGGCAGUGCUGCUAUGUUCUAGGCUUAACUGGAAGCCAUGGGCUCACACACGUGUCCUGCUUAUUUCAUCCUUGUCCUCAGCAGACAUUUCACUGGGAAACAUCACUUUUGUAUACGCUAAUCCUUAGAUGGAGACAGCUGAGUAUGUUCAGAUUCUUACCCAUAUAAAAGAUCAGGAAAAAGUGCAUUGGAAUACAAGGUCAGUAGAAACGCACAGGAAAGACAGAUUCUACACGCUGUAAGAAAAUAAACCUUUUUCUAACCAGUGGGUAAGAAUUUGAGGAUUUCUUUUUUUUUCUUUUUAAUCAGAUUUUGCUAAUGGGAGUUCCCUGCCAUGAUACAUUUCUAAAUUUAUCAACAGUUUUUUUUCUAUGCUGGGGCAAUAAAUUUGCUGAUUGUAUGAGAAAAGUGUUAAAUGGCCUUUCAGUGAAUGUCUUCCACAGUGGGUCAGAACUUUAGCAACUUAAUUUAGGAAACAUGUUCUAAGGACACUAUUUAUGUUUUUGAAAUUGUCACAAUCUGUACAAAUGACUUACAGGUACAAAGAAUAAAAUAAAGGUAACUUUAUCUUACUUAAAUACUUCCUGCCUUAAAGAAAGCAUUUCCAUGAACAUAGCUGGUGAAAGGGUUAAUAUCUGCAGAGCUUUACACUAGUUAGCGUGUGUAUGGUGUGUGCGUGUGUGUGUAUAUGAUCAUGCAACUGCAUACAAGUCCUGUCACUUUUUGCCUGCCACACGUUGCAUUUAUCUUUAGUCAAACUGUGCAAAUUCUAGUGUUUCACAACAGUAGGGAUUUUUUAAUAGAUUCUGCUUACUCUGUGUAUACUGAAUCUUUUUGAGCCAUAGGAUCCAAGCCAUAAAACUCUCUACCAUGUUAAAUCCAAUCAGAGUGCUGUUUUCUCAAAUGUGCAAGUCAGAGGGAUUGAUCGAUAUUUUGUCGAUACCAACAAAGAACCAACAAAUGAUGGUUAUGAGUGAGCAAAAAGAAGUACAUUUUUUUUUCUUCUUCACGACAAGGCUUUUGUUGGAGAAUUUAUUUUUUGAGUUUUACAAGGAAAAUCAAGUUACCUUAUAGUGACAUAAACUGUCCUGGCAAGUUACCACUUUUCAUUUGGUAAUAGGGCCACUGGUGACAUGUUGUGAAACUGAAAUCAAAGUGCUGAUACGUGUUUGUAUAAUGCAUAUCUGCAAAUAUGCAACACUUGAAGCUGUGCCUCUCUGUGCCAGUUACUGACAUCAGCUUCCCAACAUGUUUACUGAGGAUAAAGGAACUUUAGAAACAAUAUGUUUUUUGAUGCAGAUCUCUCUUGGUCCUAGCUACAGCUAACAGUUGCUUUUUGGUUGGCUGGAUGUUAAUUGUCCAGUAGAAUUGGUUUAAUAUGGCUGGCAAGAAUGGCAAGAGUUGUUUGUCUGAGUUCACUGAUUAAUUAAAACUACAGUUCAUCAGUUUUACAAGUAAAUUUCAUGUAUUGACAAGGUUUCAUCCCAUAGGUGGUAAGUUUAAUUCCCUACCAUAACUGUGAAACUUUUGGAGUGUGACUCAGACAGAAAGCACACACUAUGCAAUAUGGUUUAUCCUGUAUUUAUUUGUAAAAAUAUCAGACAUAGAUCCUCUAUAUAUAUAUAAUAGUGUCAAAAUUACUAGUCGUGAACUAAGGGGAGUGGAGUUCUAGCUCCCGUCUGGCUAUUUCAGAUAAGUGCAGAAUGCAUUGAAUAUUGGAGAGCUUAACAAGUGCUUUCUUUUGUUCAUUUAAAAAUGUCUUAAAUUUUUCAUUAGAGUAUAGAAUCUUAUUUUUUUUAUUUUGUACAAGCUGCGCUUUUUUAAUUAUAAUCACUGAAAAAUUCACUAUAAUUUGAUUUUAUAGGAUUUUUGUAGCAUUACAAAAAUAUAGUAAAACUGAGGUUAAUACCUGUUGUGGCUAACCAUAUAAAAGUAUUAAACUUGAACAAAAGUCAUAUUUUUUUUUACUAGAUGUUAAGUAGGGGACUGUUCUGUUCUGCAGGUCAUUAUCUCAAAAGGUUCAUAGGUCAGCUGUGUUACCAGCAGUUUUUAUUUCCCAUUUGAUGCAGAACCUAUUCUGGUAUAAGAUACUCAGAAUUUCAUAAUUCGCUGUGGGAGUGAUGCAUACAAUUUGAUGCCAUUCGUGUACUAAAUUGUAAUUUUGGGAAUGCUGGAAUAAUUCCUACCAAGACUGUCUUAAUUGUGCCAUCUGACAUUUGAAUGUCAUCCUGGUAUUAGCUCAUAAUAAAAGAUGAAAAUAAAUGA